AUGAUCCGUCUGUUUCAGCUGCUACUGGCACUGCUGAUUGCUACUGCUGCCACGGCAUUUGAUUUUGACAAGUGCAGUGCCUGCAUCGGCAAGGGGUGUUGGUAUUGCAACCGUGUGGGCAAGACCACCAGUUACGAAUCAGGCGCUUGUACCUGCGAUUUGGACGCAUACAGGUAUGGCGAUAUUUGCAACGAUAUCAGUAUGAUCACCAGUGGUGAAACGUACGGACGACAAAAGUACUAUUACGGAAACAACAACAACAACAACAACAACAACAAUGGGAACAAUAAUGCCAACAACUAUUACUAUGGCAACAAUAAUGGAGGUUACGGAUACGAAGAUGAAGAUUCGGAACACUACAAUGCUUGGCUCUCGGGAGGGGUCGACCAUCAAAAGGUUUCCAACCACUUUGGAUGCUAUCUCUAUGGCGAACCGGAAAAGACAACUACAGCCAUGUAUGUGGUAGGAGGAAUCAUUGGUGCGACCAUUUUGGGAUGCCUGCUCCACUGGUAUUGCGUUCAUCGUGAGAAACCACCGAGGCCCUACCGCAAGAAGAAAGAUCUGCUCCUCCAGGUACCACCACCGGUACCCAAGACCGCAGUUGCCACAGAGCCAGGUUGCAUUCUAUAA